AACAUGGGUUAUAUGAGAAUGUCGACGUGAUUCUUAUCACAACACAAUCCGUAUCGAUCGUGGUCUGAAAAUGGCGUCGUCAUCUCCUGCUGGUCUUUGCUUCCUCUCCAAAACCCCCAACACCCCCAAGCCUUUAGCAUUCUCGCUUCCAAAGCCCUCCUUUGCAUUUCUCAGACCCAAUCUCUUAUCGCUUCCCUCCUUUUCUCCUUACUCUUAUCGCAAUUCUGCGCUCUUCCUGACAUCAUCCAAAGCUCUUUUCUCUUGCAAAUGCUCUUCCACCUCCCCUGUCGCCACUAGGAGUUACGAGUUUUCUGAUAGUUCUUCUGAGGUAGAGUUGAGAAUAAACAUAGGAGGCCAAGAUGUCCAAAAUCCUAGACAUAUAUCAGUGGAUGCAAAUCAUACGUCUUUAGCUGUCAGGGUGCAGCGACCCGCAUCUCCAAUCACACUCAUAGAGACUAAUAAUCUUUUUGACAAGAUAAAACCUGAUGAAACAAUAUGGUACAUUGAUGACGAUCAACUGGUUGUGAACCUAAAGAAACAUGAUCCUGAUUUGAAAUGGCCUGACAUCACAGAAUCAUGGGAAUCACUUACAGCAGGAUCUACACAACUUCUGAAAGGAACAUCAAUCUACCUUGUGGGUGAUUCAACCGACAUGAACCAGAUAGUGGCUCGAGAGCUUGCUACUGGUCUCGGGUACGCACCACUCUGUACAAAAGAGUUACUGGAAACAUAUUCCAAGCAAACCAUUGAUUCAUGGGUGCUUGUUGAAGGUGCUGACUCUGUUGCAAAAGCAGAAAGUGCUGUGCUUGAGAGCCUAAGUAGUCAUGUGCGGUCUGUAGUUGCAACAUUAGGAGGGCAACAAGGUGCUGCUGGACGAGCUGAUAACUGGCGGCAUCUUUAUGCGGGGUUUACUGUCUGGUUAUCACAGACAGAAGCACCAGAUGAAGAUUCUGCAAGGAAGGAAACUCACCAAAACAUGAAAGAUGGCAAGCUUGCGUACACAAAUUCAGAUGUGGUUGUUAAGCUUCAGGGAUGGGAUCCUGCUCAUGCCAAAAGUGUGGCGCAAGCAUGUUUGAGUGCCCUAAAACAGUUAAUUCUCGCAGACAAGAAACUUCCAGGUAAGAAAAGCCUCUACAUAAGAUUGGGAUGUCGCGGUGAUUGGCCAAACAUCAAACCCCCAGGUUGGGAUCCAUCAACGGAAGGUGAUGCAACUCUUGACACCCAGUAAUUACGUUGUUAUAAGUGAUCACAUUAGAUUGAUGUGCGCCAACUUAUUUCCAAACAAAGGUGGUGUUACUUUGACAAUGGUAAAAAGUUUUGGCAUUUGAAUCUGCCCUCGUCCUACUCGACACAAGACAGAAGCUAUAUAUAAGACCAAUGGAUGAGAAUUUAGUCAGCUGUAGGCUGUUCAUAUGGAUUAGACAAAGCUAGUUCCUGCGGACUAGAACAGUCACCAACAAUUGAGGGGAAAAGCAUGGUUAAUUUCUAAUGCCAAGUGCUAACUAAGUAAUCAAUGCUAACCCAGUUCGGGUCAAUAGUGAACAAGGCCAUGAUACUUGUGGAUUAUGAAUUAGUUAAGAUCCAUUAUUAGUAGAAGAGCAACUAUGAAAUAAUUGUUAACUAUGUUGGUUUUUGAACGGAUAAA